GUUCUGCCGACAACACAAUGCGACUCUGGGACGUACGGACGGGUAAAUGUCUCUAUACAUGGGAAUUCCCCACUGCUAUCAAGCGUGUUGCGUUUAGCGACGAUGACAAGUUCAUUGCUUGCAUAACCGAACAACGAAUGGGACACCAAGGAGCCAUUCGCGUCUUCCCCAUCAAUCGCUCUGGGAAUGCCACUGAUCAGCCUACGGAACCAUCUUCCAUCUUUCACCCUAUUGAAUCCAAAGCCACUGUUCUCGCCUUUUCAAACACAUCUGAUUUCCUUGUGACUGGCCAUGAGUCGGGAAAGGUUGCAUUGUUCAAUGCAAAGACAGGGGAGGAGGUCACUUCGAACAAGAGAGCGCAUAGAGAAGUUGUCACAGAUAUACAGAUGAGCCAAGAUAGGAGUUACUUCAUUACCAGUAGCAAGGACAAAACCGCCAAG